GAGACAGAGAGAGCACGUCAAGCCGCGACGUGGCCCCUGAGACGGCUGAAUUCUAGUAACUGCUACGAUUCCAGAAAUGAAUCCAAAAUCUGAACAGCUACGCCGCGCACGAUCUACGCGUCCCUACCUGUCAGCGUCCGACUGCCCAACCAAUUAACUUUCCAGAUCGACCGACCAAGCCUCUCAAAAGCCUAAAACCUCUGACCACGUCAUCCGUCUCCUCCCUAAUCCCCCCUCUGUUCCUCCGCCCCGCCGCCAAACUUCCCCCGCCGCACCAUGGCGACGGCUGCCGCCACCACCACCUCCUCACUCUCCCUCCUCUUCGCCCACCCGCACUCCAACCGCUCUUCCGCCCCUCAGCGCUUCGACAGGUCCCACCUCCGCCUCCCGCCGCGUGCUGCGCCACAUCGCGCGCGCUGCGCCUCCGACGCAUCCACGACUGCCACGAAGCCCCGCCGCCCCGCGGAGGAGAACAUCAGGGAGGAGGCCGCGCGCCUCCGCGGCCCCUCCAACAACUUCUCGGCGUGGUACGAGCCGUUCCCCCCGACCUCCGAUGGCGACCCCAACGAGCGCUACUCGCUCGACGAGGUCGUCUACCGCUCCAGCACCGGCGGCCUCCUCGACGUCCGCCACGACAUGGAGGCACUCGCGCGCUUCCCGGGCUCCUACUGGCGCGACCUCUUCGACUCCCGCGUCGGCCGCACCACCUGGCCCUACGGCUCCGGGGUCUGGUCCAAGAAGGAAUUCGUGCUCCCGGAGAUUGACUCGGACCACAUCGUCUCCCUCUUCGAGGGCAACACCAACCUCUUCUGGGCGGAGCGCCUCGGCCGGGAGUACCUCGGCGGGAUGAACGACCUCUGGGUCAAGCAGUGCGGCACCUCCCACACGGGCUCCUUCAAGGACCUCGGCAUGACGGUGCUCGUCAGCCAGGUCAACCGCCUCCGCCGAGCUCCGCUCUCGCGCCCCAUCAACGGCGUAGGGUGCGCGUCCACGGGUGACACCUCGGCCGCUCUCUCCGCGUACUGCGCUGCCGCCGGCAUCCCGGCCAUCGUCUUUCUCCCUGCCGACCGCAUCUCGCUACAGCAGCUUAUCCAGCCGAUCGCCAACGGCGCGACAGUGCUAUCCCUUGACACCGAUUUCGAUGGAUGUAUGCGGUUAAUUAGGGAAGUGACAGCUGAGCUACCCAUAUACCUUGCCAACUCACUCAACUCGCUUCGACUUGAGGGGCAGAAGACUGCAGCCAUCGAGAUAUUGCAACAGUUUAAUUGGCAGGUGCCGGACUGGGUCAUUGUUCCAGGAGGCAAUCUUGGGAACAUUUAUGCUUUCUACAAGGGGUUUGAGAUGUGCCGUACUCUUGGGCUAGUUGAUCGUGUUCCACGGCUUGUCUGUGCACAGGCUGCAAACGCAAAUCCAUUGUACCGGUACUACAAGUCUGGGUGGACUGACUUCCAGUCACUUGUUGCUGAAACUACAUUUGCAUCUGCCAUACAGAUUGGUGAUCCAGUAUCUGUUGAUCGUGCGGUUGUUGCGCUCAAGGCAACUGAUGGUAUUGUCGAAGAAGCUACAGAGGAGGAACUCAUGGAUGCAAUGGCGCUUGCUGACCUCACUGGGAUGUUUGCUUGCCCACACACAGGGGUUGCACUUUCUGCUCUGUUCAAGCUCCGGGGCCAGGGCAUAAUUGGUCCUAAUGAUCGUACCGUGGUCGUUAGUACAGCCCAUGGGCUGAAGUUCACACAGUCAAAGAUCGAUUACCAUGAUAAGAACAUCAAAGACAUGUUGUGCCAGUAUGCCAAUCCACCAGUCAGUGUGAAGGCUGACUUCGGUUCUGUCAUGGAUGUUCUCCAGAAGAAGCUCAAUGGUAAGAUCUGAGCUUACCUUUAGUUAACCUCAACAGUUCCUUUCUUGUUUAUCACCACAGCGGACUGUAUUUUGGCAUCUUAAUCAACUGCAGUUGGUGAUGAUAGUAUGGUGCGAUCAUCUUUAUUUUGCAGUACUAGGUUCUUGAGGCUCUUCUAAUUAUAGGCAAAAGUGGAUAGAGCUUUCCUUGUACUUUAUCUGUAUCUUGUAAUAUCAAUAAUAAAUUACGGUCUUAUGGUUGAAUAA